AUGCUUGAGCGACGAAGCACCGUUGUCAGGCGGCUGGAUUACCGUAGCACCACCACGAAGAGUCCGUCACGCGGUGGUGACGACGUGAUGGCGAUGUGGGGCCGAAAAAGGUGUGCAGCAAACCUGAAUACGGUUCCUCGGGCCACAUGCUCGCCGACUUCGCGAUUCUACGAGGGUUCCCCCGAGCGAAAGUCCAUUUCAGCUCGCCAACCUACGACCAUUCUGCGCAAAAACAUUAGGAAACGAAUGAUUUUUGACUCUCCGAGUUCAACAAAGACUGCAUCCCCCACGGCUAAGAACACCAACUGCACGCUCCCCUGUAGGAGAUCCUUGUUCAAAAAUGGGGAACCUUCAAGAUCCAUCAGAGAGUGCAACUGCAUCAGACCUGUUGCCAACUUGAAUCCCUUCAUCCCCCUGUCCCUCAUCAUACAGUCUCCUCCACUGAAGAAAAGCCAGUGCAAAAGAACACACUUGUGUUUCGGAGAUGACAGUUCCAGUAAAGCUGAAAGAUACUCUAAGAGGUUGACUGCGAUAAAAAGUGACCCGACGUCCCGGUACUGCUCGGAGUUCCUAGAGCUGGAGAAAAUUGGCAGUGGCCAGUUUGGUUGUGUGUUUAAAUGUGUAAAAAGGCUUGAUGGCUGCGUCUACGCCAUUAAGAGAUCAACAAAACCCCUCUUUGGAUCAGUCGAUAAUCAGUUCACCAUGCGGGAAGUAUUUGCCCACGCCGUGCUUGCCCAGCACCCCAACGUAGUGCGCUACUAUUCAUCGUGGGUCGAAGACAACCACUUGCUCAUUCAGAUUGAGUACUGCGACAGCGGUACGCUGUUUGACGUCAUUGAAUACAACUCCAAGCACCUUAACUUCAUGUCAGAACCAGAACUUAAGGAUCUGCUGCUCCAAGUUGCCCGAGGUCUGGAGUGUAUCCACUCCAUGUCGCUGGUACAUAUGGACAUCAAACCAAGCAACAUUUUCAUAUCCAGGAAGUCCAGAAGCAGCUGUAAUAAUUUGGAUGAGGACAUGUUGACGAGCAGUGUUGUCUACAAAAUAGGUGAUCUUGGUCAUGUGACGCAAGUAACUAGUCCUCAAGUGGAAGAAGGUGACAGCAGAUAUCUGCCCAAUGAAGUUUUGCAAGAAGACUACAGUAACUUGACCAAGGCGGACGUCUUUUCACUUGCUCUGACUGUGGUGAGCGCGUCGGGGGCGGAAGCUCUUCCCUCCAACGGACAAAAGUGGCAUGAAAUACGACAAGGCGAGCUCCCUAUCGGGCCGUGCAGAUUUUCCCAAGAGUUUCACAGUCUUCUCAAGCUGAUGAUCAACCCUGACCCCAAAAAACGACCUUCAGCCUCUGACAUCAUCAGACAUCCAGCAAACAGACUACGUUUGUAA